AAAAAAAACCUUAAAUUAAAGUCUGUAAAGAUCAAUAACGUUAUUCAUGUUCACAAAUAUUAUAACACUUUCAUUCAGUGUCUUUAAUAAAUUGGAUUUGAUUCAUAAUUUCGUAUGUCAAACUCAUCAGUGUUACAUAGUGCGAUGAUGAAUGAAAUAAACGUGUCUUUCCAACAAAAAAGGUCGAAAAAGUGGGAAAUUUUAAGGGAAAACUUUGAACAGCAUGCCAAUUUCGACUUCUUAAAAGUUGAUUUGGAAAUAUGUACUUAUAUAUAUAUAUAUAUAUAUAUAUAUAUAUAGACAUGUAUAUCGAUCAGAUAGGCAAUUAAACAAAGUAUUCUUGUUCCUGCUGCUGCUGCUUAUGAUGGUGCUGCACAAGGAGGAGGAGAAGGAGCAGAGCAGCGGCAGCAACUCUCUCUCUACAAGUAUUAUUCCCACUGCUGCUGGAGAAGGAGAAGGUGCUGCUGCUUCACACACUCAGACUACCGAUCACCGUAACUCUGACGCCAGUCAUGACCAGAAACUGAGGACCACAGAAGAAAGUAGGCAAUCUUCCAUUGAAAUGGGAGAGUCCAACGGCAACGGCAACGGUGCUGAAUAUGUUUCAGUUGGUGAAGUACAUUCCCCUAGGCCUAGGGUAGACAACUUCCAAAAACUCUCACUUCUGCCUCUUGUCUUCAUCAUCUUCUAUGAGGUAUCUGGGGGUCCAUUUGGGGUUGUGGAUAGCGUCCAGGCCGCUGGUCCGCUUCUAGCCUUUGUUGGAUUCUUGGUCUUUCCACUCAUUUGGAGUGUUCCCGAGGCCUUAAUUACCGCAGAGAUGGGUACCAUGUUGCCUGAGGCUGGGGGCUAUGUCGUUUGGGUUUCAUCGGCUUUAGGUCCCUACUGGGGGUUUCAGCAGGGUUGGAUGAAAUGGCUAAGCGGGGUUAUUGACAAUGCUUUGUAUCCGGUUCUGUUUCUGGACUAUUUGAAGUCGGCCAUCCCAGCAUUAGAUGGUGGCGUUCCAAGAGUUGCAGCGGUCUUAUUUUUGACAUUGUUGCUCACUUACAUGAACUAUAGGGGUCUAACCAUUGUGGGUUGGGUUGCUGUUCUUUUGGGAAUUUUCUCAAUCGUUCCUUUUGUGGUUAUGGGACUUGUGGCAAUCCCCAAGGUGAAGCCCUCGAGAUGGCUAGUUGUAAAUCUACACGAUGUGGACUGGAAUUUGUAUCUGAACACUCUCUUUUGGAAUCUCAACUAUUGGGACUCGAUAAGUACACUUGCCGGAGAGGUAGAAAACCCAAAGAAAACUCUCCCUCUGUUCUAUGCUUUGAUAUUAGUUGUUCUUGGAUAUCUCUUCCCCCUCUUAAUGGGUAAUGGGGCUGUUCCACUCGACCGUGAGUUGUGGACAGAUGGUUAUUUCUCAGAUAUCGCUAAAAUAAUUGGGGGAGUUUGGUUGAGAUGGUGGAUCCAAGGUGCUGCAGCAGUGUCGAAUAUGGGGAUGUUUGUUGCUGAAAUGAGCAGCGACUCCUUCCAACUUCUUGGGAUGGCAGAACAAGGGAUGCUCCCUAAGUUUUUUGGUAAGCGAUCUCGUCAUGGAACCCCAGUGAUUGGCAUUUUGUUCUCAGCUUCUGGAGUUCUUUUCCUAUACUGUUUUGGAAUGAUUUUGGAGUUCAUAUCAUUCAUACGAUUAAGGAGUAAGUACCCAGCUACAUCUCGUCCUUACAAGAUACCCAUUGGAACAGUUGGAGCCAUUCUUAUGUGUAUUCCUCCAACUGCUCUAAUUUGUGUAGUUUUGGCUCUGUCAACACUCAAGAUCGUAGUUGUGAGCCUUGUCGCUAUAUUGAUCGGCCUUGUGAUGCAGCCAUGUCUCACUUACUUUGAGAGAAAGAGGUGGAUCAAGUUCUCCGUCAGCGCCGACCUCCCAGAUCUUCACGGUGCUAAUCGGGGAAGUGUUGGCUUCAUAAGGCAUUAG